AUGGCAACUGAUGAGGCCCAGGGAUCUCAAUAUCCCGUGUUAUUAGGGAAUGGUGGUUGGAGAUUUGCAGAACCGGCUUCAUCUAUCCUAGCAGCGCAACUCGCGCCGCGUCUCUCUUCCCAAGGAGAACAAACACGCCAUUUAACGCGAGAAACGUUUUCACAACUCCGCCAAGAGCUCGCGGGAGGAAAAUAUAGUCAGCUGCGCCUUGAUGAUAGUGUCACUGAUGUUAACAAGUUAAUCUGUAUUGUUUUGAAGGCUGGUUUGGAUCCAGCUCGCAAAGAUGAAAGGUCGAGUAUGGAAGACCUGGAGCGACAGAUCCUAGACUGUCUCGAAAUCAUUCAAACGGCAGUUGAAAAAGCCCCUCAAGCCUUGAUUGAAAGACCUGACCCGGAGAUUCUGGGGCAAACCUCACAAGCACCGUUAUUCACAUGGGUAAUCGUGCGCUUAAUCGAUCUGCUCGGUGCUCGGGACUGGGACUGGGAGAAGAUCGGAGGGGGAAUUAGCAGCACUGUCGCAAGCAUAGUCUCCUCCCAGUACAAGCAGGUCAAGCCAUUGGCUUUUUGUCAUUCUAUUCCUGCAUUCUUGAGAACCUGUGCAACAGAUAUCUUACUUUCUAUCGAAGGACUAAGUCCUCUAAGGUUGCGAGAUCUAAGUCCGGUCAAGCUGUCUGUGCCCACUUUGCAAGGGUCUCUAUUCGUAGAUCUAGACAGACUCAACCUCCCUCGUGAACUUUUCGGAAAGAAAGUUUCACUCGGAAAAUUCCCCCAGGCUGUCAUCUUAGCUAUUCGAUUGCUGGACUGUCUCGGCCCGAAUAAUCAAGCCAGCCCCUUCUUGAAGAACAAUGACUCUAUUCCGCGGCAAAAUUUGGCCUGGGUCUUAAAUGGAUACCAGCGCCUGUGGAAGGUCAUCCUCAGUUGGCUACAGGACAGCAGAUCGGAUGGACUUGAAAGCAAAACGCGGGUCACCUUGCAGUUCCUAACAUGCAUAAAAAGGUAUUGCGACGACGGGCCGUCUAUAUCGGGCUUUUUGUCCACAGAUAUGGAACUGACAAGUACUUGGCUUCAAUGCUUAAGUGAAGUACUCACGUUAAACACUCUCGUUCAAAUGCCUUCUCUUCAGCUUGAAAUGAACCACUUUAUUGUCAGUCUUACCAAGGCUGUUAGAGUAUCGGAAUUAUUGGCGAAAGCUUUGGAGAAUACGUUUUUGCAAGCAUUGAUCGGAGCAACCAAGGACACCGCAUUUAACUCUCUUAAUCCACGUCUUCAGAACUCAAUACGAGGAUUGCUUGAAGAAUUUGCAAAUAUAAACCUCACAAAUCCUGGGGCAAAUCAAAAGUCCUCCACCAUUGACGUGAUAGACUUUUCGAAACCACUCAGUGACAUUGGACAAUUUGGGGUUACAAGUCAAACGGUUCAAAGCGAAAAUUCUCGUGCAUCGAAGCGUAUUUGUCUCUCGCGGCUUCAUGUUGGAUUGGAACCACAGAAUAUGUUACAGCAACUCAUAAACAAGUCAUUGACAUUGCUCCAUGCUAAGAGUUCCGAGAAACUAGAAGAUUUGAGUUUUGCUAUUUCCAAUUCAUUCGCAGGGCUUCCUGAACAAGAAAAAUACGAAGUCAUGGUUGCCCUUGGCAGAAUCCCGUGUGCCAUGACCAAAAAUUGGUCGAAAAGACCUCCGGGCAUUGUCUCGAAAGACUUAAUUGUCUGUCAAGCCUGUGACUACGAAGACCAUGGGGAUGAGACCAAGUCAAAUCGGCAACGUGCUGAUGUCGACGAACUAUGGAAUAUUUUUCAAAACAUCUUACCUCAUCUUACGCGUUCCCCAAGCAUCAGGAUAACCGCGAUGAUUGCAUUGAAAAGAGCUCUUGUGCAUGCAUCAAAGUCUAGUCAAGUGCGCCUCGCGUCAUCGGUUUUUGGCGAGUUUUGUUUACACUCACUGCGAAGCUCUAAUAGAGAGUUGCGGAUUGUCACUGGACAAACAGUGAUAGCUUUCGCCCGCAGAAGUAUAGACUCUGAAAUUCGCAGAAGCAACUUCGUCAUCAUCCUAGACUGGCUGAAAAACCUAUCUGAGAAGCAAGAAACCUCGCUUCACGAGACUUGCAUCCUGACUUUAUGUCGACUUGCCAGAAUUUCCGACGACGAGGAAAUGAAUAUAAUUCUCCUUCGACUAAUGGAAUACUUGGGCCAUGCAAACCCAUUUGUUUGCGCAGUAGCUUAUACCGAACUUUCAAAACUUGCGCAGCAACUUUCUGUGACACCUGCCGGUUUAUUCCGGCCUUUUUGGAGAACUCUUUCUGUGAUGGUAGUGAAAAAUCUCCAAUCUCGCCCAUACAUGGCAGAACAACUCUGUGAUCUUAUUGGGAUGAAAGUAGAUGAUUUCCUUAGAUUGACGGAGCUUUAUGUAUUGCCAUACCUGGUACUCACGCGAAAACGAGACAUCAUCUCUAGGAUUGGGGCGACUUAUAAAGAUGCUAAAUCACCUUUCGAUGUCUGCUCGGAGAAGAAUAACCUGGCGGCGAUUCUUGGUUUCUUAUUGAGUCAACCGUCGCCAGACCCCGAGGGUAUGAUAAUGUCGGUUUUGGCAGAUAUAGACCCUGCAUUCAAAGGCCGUACUUUGGCGGAGCUGGUAAGGACCGAACCGAUUCUCAUUGCCUGUGAUCUCUUGAAAGGCCUUGUAGACUCGGGAGGUGAGAAAGCAGCAAGGUUUCACCGGGCGCUUCACCUUUUGGCGGCACUCGUUCCACGGAAGUCAAUCCAGGGAGGUACAUCAAAGAAGGCAAAUUUACUGGGUCAUUUUAUCGAGGAACAUGUUCUCGGUAUAAUCACGCAAUUCGCCCAUUCCAUCAAUGACUUUCAGAUAAGACAACCUUUGGUUGAAAAGAAGAGGAAUAUAAUAGCAAUUGGAGAAAUGAUUAAGAUCGCUCGAGAUCAUGUUAGCAGUGCAUUACCACAGAUAUGCGCAUGUCUACGAUCUGCUCUCGAUAUCAAAGAGCUAUGCGACUAUGCUUUUACAGCCUGGGGGGUAUUAAUCAGUUCCCUGCAUGAGGAGGUUGGGCCUCUGAUUGACCAAACACUGGCAAUUGUGAUUAGGUACUGGGAAAAGUUUUCUGGGGAGAGCAGGAAAUAUGCAUAUGAACUUGUUGAGCACAUUUUAAAGGGCCACAAUGACCUGGUGCAAAAGACAUUUGAUACUAUGCCUUCCCUAGCAUCAAUUCCAGAGAUGACCAAAUUCGAGGUUGAGAUGAAUGAGCUUAAAGGGCAGAUGGAUGUGCGCAGUCACUUUUCAGCAUUUAUCUACCGCUGCCAGAGUGAAAAUGCAACUGUUGUUGAACAGGCUCUAAGAGAGCUAGUACCUUAUCUUUCGAAAAAUGAAGAGUUUCUUCAUGGGUCUGUUCUUAGUGAACAACCAGACCCUGUUGUUGCACAAUUGACACAAUCUGUACUUGACUGCUGUGUGAAGUUCAGCACAAGUUCAGAUACCAUCACUCUUCUGGCAUCGAGAUGUUUGGGUCUUAUUGGUUGUUUAGAUCCAAAUCGAGUCGAUUCAGUUAAGGAAAAGAAGGACAUUCUUGUUCUGUCAAAUUUUGAUAGAAUGGAAGAAACUUUCGACUUCAUCCUUUUCUUCCUCCAGCAUGUGCUUAUUGAAGCCUUUUUGUCCGCCUCGAACACCAGGGCUCAGGGAUUUCUAGCAUACGCCAUGCAAAACUUACUUAGGCUUUGCAAUUUAGAUUCAGUCGCCACUCAGCGUUCUCGCGACUUUCAGGCAGAUGAAAAAUAUCGUCGAUGGAUGGAGCUUCCCGAAACAGUUCGCAACAUCCUUACUCCGUUUCUCACGUCGAAGUAUACGGUCACUGUUGGUGCGGUUAAUUUAAAUUGCAUAUAUCCGCUUUUCUCCGCUGAACUGACUCAUGGCGAAUGGCUACGGACUUUCGUGCAAGAUCUAUUGCAGAGAGGGAGUGGUGACAAUACUCGACUAAUUUUUAGUGUUUGUAGUCGCAUUGUUAAGGGUCAGGACAUCUCAAUUGCGUCUUUUCUCCUGCCGUUUGCGGUCCUCAAUCGCAUAAUUGGGGGCACCGAAGAAGAGAACCUAGAUUUACGAAGAGAGUUGACCAGUGUCUUAUCGCAUCCUCUUUCUGAUGCCAACAAUCAUUUCCACGAGGCCAUCAUACUCUCUAGUCAAAGCGUUUUCGAAGUCCUAGACUAUUUGUCACGGUGGUUACAAGGCAAGAAAAAGCAGCUUAACAGCCUAAGAAACCACGGGUUUCACGUUAGUCGUGGGCAUAAGGAGACUCCCCGUGAUUCUCUCGCGGAUGCCUAUUCAUCUCAUAUAAAAGCCGUGGAAUCACUUUUAGCUUCAAUACCACCAGAAGUCAUCUCUAAAAGGGCAGUUGAAUGCGGGUCAUUUUCUCGAGCACUUUUUCAUUGGGAGCAAUACAUUCGACAGUGCAAAGGCCUUUUGUCCAAACAAGAACGCAGCCAACUCGAGCCUCUUUAUCGUCGUCUGCAGGAUAUUUAUAGUCAGAUAGACGAACCUGACGGUAUUGAGGGCAUUUCAACACAUCUGCAUGUGCUUAACAUAGAACAACAGGUCCUUGAGCAUCGAAAGGCGGGCAGAUGGGCUACUGCACAAAGCUGGUAUGAAUUACAGCUCGAAAAAGAGCCCGAUAACAGUGAUGCUCAAUGGAAUCUCCUUACAUGUCUCAAAGAAUCGGGCCAACAAGAUGCUAUUCUCACUCGAUUUGAAACCCUCAAGGAAAAUAACUCUGUGCUCUCUAAAUUACUACCAUUUGCUGUUGAAGCAUCGUGGAUUACAGGGAGGUGGGAAAAACUGGACAAUUAUCUUCAACUGUGUUCGAACCAAAGUACGGGAGAUUUCAACAUUGGCAUUGGAUCAGCCCUUAUUGCGUUCCGUCAAGGGAAUAAAGCGGCGUUUGAAGAAAUCAUCAAUGGCCUGCGGCUCAAUGUUGCGAAGUCCUUGACUGCCAAUUCCGUCACAUCAUUGCAGUCAUGCCAUGAUAGUAUCCUUAGACUACAUGCUUUGGCGGAAGUGGAAUCCAUAGUCGAUCCUGGCAACGGGGAGGAUGAUUCUCGCUUGUGUGUCCGUGGCGCAUUGAACCGUCGUCUGGACGUCCUCGGGGGUUAUAUCUGUGACAAACAAUACCUUCUCGGAUUAAGAAGGGCCGCCAUGGAGUUAGCGGGAAACUUUUCGGAUUCUGAUAUCGCUGCGGCUUGGCUUACUAGUGCACGUCUUUCGCGAAAAGGCAAUUUCACUAACCAGGCGUAUCAUUCGAUGCUCCAUGCAGCCCGUUUGAAAGAUCGAUCUGCUACUAUUGAACAUGCUCGACUUCUUUGGAAAGAUGGCCAUCAUCGAAAAGCAAUUCAAACUCUUAAGGGUGCGAUAGCUGCUAACGAAUUUGCUUCAGGUGCUAUCCCAUCAGGCGGCGCGGAGCGACUGUCGCUGGCUUCAAAUUAUGAACAGCAUCAAAAUAUGCUCGCUGCUAGAGCACAUUUAUUGUUAGCAAAAUGGACAGAUAGAGCCGGGCAAACCCAAUCCGAUGUCAUUGUCCAGAGAUAUCGAGAAGCGAUUAAACUUCACACGAGGUGGGAAAAGGCACACUAUUACCUAGGGAAACAUUACAAUAAAAUUUUGGAGUCUGAAAAAGGCAAGCCUUUGGGUAGAGAGGCGCAGAUAUACUUGAGCGGCGAAGCAUCAAAAUUGGUCAUCGACAAUUACCUUCGUUCAUUGGCACACGGAAACAAAUACGUCUUUCAGACAUUGCCGAAAGUGCUGACACUGUGGCUCGAGCAUGCCUCCACGGUUGAUCAACCGUUUGAUCCAAAGAGGGGAGAUAACGAGGAGUUUCAAAGACAUACUUUGGGUCAACGGAAAAAAAGCCUCGAUGAUAUGCAUUCGCAGUUGAAAAAAUAUAUGAACCGGAUGCCCGCUACUUUGCUGUUCACGAUUCUCCCUCAAUUAGUUGCUCGAAUUUGCCAUACCAAUACUGCGGUCUACGAGUUAUUGACAAGAAUUGUAGCCAAGGCAGUUCAAGCUUUCCCCCAGCAAGGACUAUGGACAGUCCUUGCUGUGGUCAAGUCUUCUUCUAAAGACCGAGCGUCCAGGGGUAUUAGCUGCCUGCACAAAAUCACAGAGGUGAACAAGAAAUUGAAGACAGAGUCCUCUUCAGAAAUGCGCGCGAUGAUAAACCAAGGCCAGAAGUUCUCGGAGGAAAUGCUUAGAUUAUGCAUUGCGCGGAUUGAGGAUAAAGCUUCCAGAAUUAACCUGGCACGACAUCUUGGGUUCAACCACCGGGUUGCUCCUUGUCGUCUUGUUGUGCCGUUUCAGGCGAUGUUGACUCCCAGUCUACCAGCCAGUCAUGAUUCUGAAUACCUGAAGGGGUUUAGGCCUUUUCCCCGAGACCCCACGACUAUAGAUGCCAUACUGGACGAAGCCCAGGUUCUAAGUUCACUUCAAAAACCACGGAAGAUCGGCAUUCGAGGUUCAGAUGGGAAGAUAUACAAUCUUCUAUGUAAACCUAAAGAUGAUCUGCGGAAGGAUCAACGCCUGAUGGAGUUUAAUAAUAUGAUCAAUAGGUUUCUGAAGAAAGAUGUCGAGUCAAGCAAACGGCGCAUGUACAUAAAGACAUAUGCUGUGACGCCUCUCAAUGAAGAAUGUGGGCUGAUAGAGUGGGUUGAUAACCUAAGGACACUGAGAGAGCUUGUCAUUAAGCUGCUACGAGAAAGAGCAAUUACACCAAAUUAUAAUGAAAUAAGGCAAUAUCUCAACGAGGCGUGUUCGGAUAACUCAAAGCUGCCGUUAUUUACAACCAAAGUGCUAGCAAAAUUCCCCCCGGUCUUACAUGAGUGGUUUGUUGAAAUGUUUCCGGAAACAGGCACAUGGUUUGCCGCACGACUAAGAUAUACGCGGUCUUGUGCUGUUAUGUCGAUGGUUGGACUAGGAGAUCGACAUGGUGAAAACAUCCUAUUCGAGGAAGGCACAGGUGGUGUUUUACAUGUUGACUUCAACUGUCUUUUCGACAAGGGUUUAACAUUUGAUAAACCUGAAUUGGUCCCGUUUCGUCUCACCCAUAACAUGAUUGAUGCCUUCGGUGCCUACGGAUAUAACGGUCCAUUUCGAAGAACAUGUGAGAUCAGUCUUGGCCUUUUGAGACAAAAUGAGGAUGGCCUUAUGACUAUACUGGAGACAUUUCUACACGACCCUACAACAGAUUUCAUUGGGAAGAAGCGCCGUACCCAUGCAAGUGUUCCAGAUACGCCCGCUGGCGUCUUAGAAAAUGUGCGUAACAAGCUCCGGGGUCUUCUGCCCGGCGAAUCGGUUCCUCUCUCCGUCGACGGUCAUGUGGACGAACUGAUUAUGCAAGCAACGGACAAAAAGAACCUAGCCGCCAUGUACAUCGGUUGGUGUGCUUUCUUUUAA